UAUGGACACAAAUGGUGUAACAGACAAAUGUAUUGACAAUACUUUGGAACAAGAAAAAACAACUUCAACAACAGCUUCUACCCAACAAACUCAACAGCAGCAACAUCCACACAAAGUUAUUGUUACUGAUGAUUCUGUUGAAGAAGAGAAAAAGGAUGACGAAAUUAUUGAAGAAAAGCAGCAGCAACAAGUUGUUGAUAAUGUUGUUUCUGUUGAAGGAGGGGAGGUAUGUGGAGAUAAUGUUAAUAAUGAAGAAGGGGACGAGAAUAACGGAAAUAAUUUGGAAGAAAGGCAAAAUUUAAACAACAACAAUAAUUCUUCUUCAACUACUCAAAUACCCAUAAUUUCAUCACCGCCACAAUUAAAUAUCAACAAUUUAUCUCUUUCAACAACUUCCAAAUUAAGACAAGAACAUCGACUUAAAACUCGUUGGACUUUUUGGUUUUUAAAUUCCGAUAGAGAAUUGACUUGGUUGGAAAGAUUGAAGAAAGUUUGUACAAUUGAAUCUGCUGAAGCGUUUUGGGCACUUUAUGACAACAUUCGACCACCUUCUGCAAUGCAGUCUGGUUGUGACUAUAAUUUUUUCAAGGAAGGUAUUCAACCGGUUUGGGAAGUUCCAGAGAAUAAAGAUGGGGGUAGAUUGAUUGUACAGAUUGAUAAUAAAAAUAAAAUUGAACAUUUGGAUGCUUUAUGGUUAGAAUUAUUAGUUGCUUUAAUUGGUGAGCAAUUUGGACGUGAUUCUGAAUAUGUUUGUGGGGCUGUUUGUAAUAUGCGUGGUAAAGGCCAUAAGAUUUGUCUUUGGACAAAGAAUGCUGAAGCUGAGGAAGCUAAUAGACGGAUUGGGUAUUUUUUCUUGAUUAAAUGAUAGUUUGGUGUAGUGGGAAAAUGCUUGGAUUUUGCUUUUAGGGGGUCUAAGGUUCGAACCCCGAUAGUGGAAAUAAUUUUGUUUUGAUGCAUUUUGAAAUUGUAAUUUGAUUUGAGUUUGAAUUUUGGGUACUUUUCCGUUUUGUUACACC